AUGCUUAUGGUGGGCGCUUCCUGGUUGGCAGGUGUACUCAAUGCCUCCAUUCAGACGUCCAUCACUCUGCACUUCCCCUACUGCGGCUCCCGUGUCGUGGACCAUUUCUUCUGCGAGGUGCCUGCCCUGCUAAAACUCUCCUGUGCAGACACCUCUGCCUAUGAGUUGGCGCUGUCCACCUCAGGGGUGCUGAUCCUUGUACUCCCCCUGUCCCUCAUUGCCACCUCCUAUGGCCAUGUGUUGGGGGCUGUUCUACGCAUGCACUCGGAGGGGGCCCGACACAAGGCCAUCACCACCUGCUCCUCACACAUUACUGUGGUGGGGCUCUUUUAUGGCGCAGCUGUGUUCAUGUACAUGGUGCCUGGUGCUUACCACAGCCCACACCAAGACAAUGUGGUAUCCCUUUUCUACAGCCUCAUCACCCCCACACUCAACCCCCUCAUCUACAGCCUGAGGAACCGAGAGGUGAGGAUGGCGUUAGUCAAAGUGCUCAACAGAGCUGGGCUCCAGCCAAGAUUAAGUGCCAGCGUCUUUUCAGUUGCCAAAAAGUUCCCCCAGAACAUGAUAUGCCUGCUGAUGCCAAUCGCCUCACCAAAUUCCUGUACUGUUAUUCUGCAGCAUCUCACUGCUUCAGUCAUCUGGCUUUUGGCUCUGUCUAAACCAUACAAAACAGACUCAGUGGUCAUUGAGGAUGUGGCUGUGGACUUUACCCAGGAAGAGUGGGCUUUGAUGAAUGUUGCUCAGAGGAAACUCUACAAAGAUGUGAUGAUGGAAACCUUCAGAAACCUGAUCUCAGUAGAAUAUUUUUAUGAAUAUGAGUUAGAUUUUGAAUAUGUGAAAUAUAUUUCACUUGAAAAUAAUUACCAAAAAGCCUCUUAUUUUGGAAAACCUCUGACACUAAUGGUAGACUCUCUGCAAGAUGAUCGAACCUGUGAAACAUGA